AUGGGUGACAAUACAAAGAACCAGCAGCUUCAUCACCACCAAAUUUUUGACGUCUCAGUUGAUGUGCCUCCACAAGGAGGCUCCAAGUGCUUUGAUGAUGAUGGUCGUCUCAAACGAACUGGAACUGUUUGGACUUCAAGUGCUCACAUCAUUACUGCUGUGAUUGGUUCUGGUGUUCUUUCCUUGGCUUGGGCCACAGCUCAGCUUGGAUGGGUUGCUGGUCCUUCUGUCAUGCUCUUGUUCUCCUUUGUCACUUACUACACUUCCACUCUUCUCUCUGCUUGCUAUCGUUCCGGCGAUUCUGUCACUGGAAAGAGAAACUAUACUUACAUGGAUGCUGUUAGAUCCAACCUUGGUGGAGCUAAGGUCAAAAUCUGUGGAUGUGUUCAGUACUUGAACCUUUUUGGAGUAUCCAUUGGCUACACAAUAGCAUCAUCUAUAAGCAUGAUGGCAAUAAAAAGGUCUAACUGCUUCCACAAUAGUGGUGGGAAGAAUCCAUGCCAUAUAAACAGCAACCCCUAUAUGAUUGCUUUUGGCAUCACAGAAAUUAUUUUCUCUCAAAUUCCAAACUUCGAUCAACUUUGGUGGCUCUCCAUUGUUGCUGCAGUCAUGUCCUUCACUUACUCAACAAUUGGACUUGGCCUUGGAAUUGCUCAAGUUGCAGCAAAUGGAAACAUCAUGGGAAGCAUGACUGGAAUAAGUAUUGGCACUGUGACUCCAAUGCAAAAGAUGUGGAGGAGUUUCCAAGCACUUGGUGACAUAGCUUUUGCGUACUCUUACUCUCUCAUCCUUAUUGAAAUUCAGGACACAAUAAGAUCCCCACCAUCUGAAUCCAAGACAAUGAAGAGGGCCACUCAAAUUAGUGUGGCAGUCACUACCCUUUUCUACAUGCUCUGUGGCUGCAUGGGAUAUGCUGCUUUUGGAGACUUAUCCCCUGGAAACCUCCUCACUGGUUUUGGUUUCUAUAACCCAUACUGGCUCCUGGACAUAGCCAAUGCUGCUAUAGUAGUCCACCUUGUUGGUGCAUACCAAGUCUAUGCUCAGCCUCUUUUCGCCUUUGUUGAGAAAACCGCAGCACAAAAAUUCCCAGAUAGCGAUUUCAUCACGAAAGACAUCAGACUCCAAAUCCCUGGAAUCGGUCCUUACAACCUUAACCUCUUCAGAAUGAUUUGGAGGACAGCUUUUGUGAUCAUAACCACUGUGAUCUCCAUGAUCCUCCCCUUCUUCAACGACGUGGUUGGACUUCUUGGGGCUUUUGGGUUUUGGCCACUCACAGUUUACUUCCCUGUGGAGAUGUAUAUUGUUCAAAAGAAGAUCCCAAAGUGGAGCACAAGAUGGCUUUGCCUCCAAAUCCUAAGUGUUGCUUGCCUUAUAAUAACCAUAGCAGCUGCUGCUGGCUCAAUUGCUGGGGUGGUCAGUGAUCUCAAGGUCUACAAGCCAUUCAAGACCAGCUACUGA